UGUUUCAAGACUGCAGCUGUUUUUUCGUCUCCUGGUGACUCUUUCCAAGCAAGGUUUUGUCUUAUGAGACUGUAAGUACAUUUGUUAUGUGCCCAAAACUAUUACAGUUAUUUUUGGAAAACAGCUUCUGGCAUUUAUAGGUUGUUAAAUGAAGCAUUCACGCUUGGGCAAAUAUAUGAAAAUCUCCGUACUCAACGUUAACCCCAACUGAGCCGAUCCUGUUAAGACUUAAGCUCAGAUCAGUGUGAUCAACUAAACUCACUAUUGGCUCCGUGUAUACAGCUGCGCUGGUGUCGGGUUCAAACCACAAACUAAAGACUAUACUCAACAUACCGAUCUGAAACUAUCAACGUGUUCACUUAGGGAUUUUGCAAUAUAUUGCUGUGACGGAGGUAAAUAUAGAUCUGCGGGAGUUUUCAGUUUAUGAUUUGCUGCUCUACCGCAAAGUUUUGACUGAGUUGUUUUCAAACUCACGGACGCGAACUGAUCUUCUUGGUCAGAUCCUUGCCCCCUUUUGGUAGGCAAGCUUUUCAAAUCUCGAGAAGUCAAACUUGUUGUUGAUCUCACAAAAAGCAGUCACACUGAUUUAACCGUUCAUUGCUCUAUCCACACCUCCAAAGCCGGCUUUUUAAUUUAAGACUGACCUCCCUCUAAGUUGACAAAACGGUUCCAAAUAUUAAUGUUUAAAAUAGUGCCUACCGACAAACAAACACUACCCGAAUAUAUAGAUGUCUGUAUUGUUCUGAUCACAGUUCGGGGGAGACUGGGUUUUUGUACACAUGCAUUUAUGAAUACUUUGGCGGUACAGUCACGGAGAUCUAACGUUCUAAAGCUUACAUUUUAAUAGCCUCACAGAAGACGUGUUUGGUUUAAUUUAUGAAUAAUUCAUUCAACUAAAAUUUCUCGAACUGCAUCUCCGGUUUCCGGCGAAGCAGCUCAACCAUACUAGUGUAUAAAUUUGUUGUUCUAAUUUUGAGCAAAGAAGUUUUGAAUUUCCUAGUCUUCUGCAAGUAGUUUUAAGUAGGGUGUUUUUCGCAAUAAACGUUUUCUUGAACAAUUAUCUGGUACUCGACAACUAAAUUUAAGUAACAUAUACCCAAAUCAUAUGAUUUAUAACGGAGUUUUGUCCGGGCUUUUUGUCACAGAAUUUUCCUGUAGGGUAUAGGAGGUAUUUUUGAUACUAAUUUUUGCUGAGGUCGUUUUCACGCGUUGCUACAAAACGGUACUUAUUAAUUUGUUUUAUAAACGAUCAAGAAUCGAACCUUAAAACCUACCAACCCCAGGGGUAAAUUUUAUUGCUUUCAUUAGCAAAAAGUCAGCUAAAUAUUGAGCGCAAAUAAAUUUGAUUGAAGGUAGUUCAAUAUCGUGACAAAAAAACCAUUAAACGCUCUCCUGCUUCCCAUAUAAGGAAGCCUCAAUUAAUAUUUGUCACUUUCAAAUUCCCACCGGGGAUGCAGAGGAAACCAUUGAAGGGCAAUCGAGCGAACUGGUAGAUUAUAAAAGACAUGUAAAUUAGUUGUCUACAUAUUUCUGGGUUUGCAUUGUAAAAUGUACAUUGUGUUUACGGUGCUUUAAUUUCCUUAAAUAUGUGAAGGGUGUGUUCUGCUUCAAGUAAGACGCAAGACAUCAAGUUGUUGUGACCGGAGAGGGAAUAACGAUCUAACUUUAGUGACCUGCAAAGCAAACAUGUCUCUGUACGAUCGGGAGCGUCAGGGAAGUAUCACCUCUCCUAUAAGCCCGGCUAUAAGCCCAGGACCACGGAGAGAAAGCAGCGCUGCGUUCUUUAAGGGAUCGCUGUACGUCGCUAAUGCUGAGAAAGACUGGAUUGAUAUCCAAAAGAAUACGUUCAGAAACUGGUGCAACGAGCAGGUUAAAGAUUAUGGCGUGGAAAUUACUGGAGAAUUAAGCGAAGCCUUUGAGGACGGUACCUUGCUUGUGUACUUGGUAGAAUCGAUUUCUACGAAGAAAGUCGGAAAAUACAGCAAGCAUCCUAAGCUGUACGCACAGAAACUUGAAAAUAUAACAGCUGCUUUGAAGCUUCUGGAAAGUGAUGGCAUAAAACUCGUGAAUAUAGGUAUGUGUACGUAUAGCGCGCGCGUGACAGUUGACAGUUUUCCUUUCUUGCUUUAUUAUUCCCUCGCAUUAUCCAACAAUACAAACGAAUGUUAAGUAAACAUAUCGGGGAAGUGAUCUACAAUUAUGUAAAAAGUAUGACAACAAUUCCUCGUCUUCGGGUCACAAAACUCGAUUAAUUUCAAUCAUAAACAUUCUUCGCGAAGAUUUUUCCUUGUAAGCGAUAGGUACGGAUAUCACACAACAACAGAAAGCGAAAUACAUGUCAUUUUCAUCACCGACUUUGUUGUCAGUUAUAAGAAUUGGAAUCGUUGUUCACUGCUCGAUUUUACUGUAAUUUUUUGUUAAAUAACUAUGUCAACCUGUAUCUUUGCAAUUUCAUUUGUACUUGUUACUUGUUCCUACCUAUUGAUAUUGCACGUGAAAAUUCACGCACGCAAUCAGUGCAAAAUUAAGCGAAAAAAGGGAUAUUUAAAGUGAGUUUCGCUCCAAAUCUCUAGAGAGUCGACCCUGAUGAACAGAAUUAGUUAAAUCCAUUAUUUCUAUUGGAGGUAAAUACUUACGAAACUUUCAUUUAAAGCUCGAAACUCAUUAAGUAUUCAUUAUAUAGGUCUACGCGCUUUGCGAUUAAUAAUAUUUACGUUUUUCUCUUUAAAUCGAUUUGUGAUCACAGAUGUCAGAUUUAAAGGAUCGCAUUUUCAGAAGAGGAAAUGGAAUGUUAUUUUUAUGAAUCGAGUUAAUUUAGUUUUUCGGAUUCAAACAGGGUCAAACAAUAAACUUUGAUUUACGACCUACUUCAUCACAUUGAUUCCAUUCUUCUAGCUUCCGUUCAGUUCAUUGAUCUAUCUCUGUUGGCGUGGUAACAAAAUAUCAGGUCAAAGUUGGCUGUUGUUUGCUGGCCACCUUGAAAUUUACUAAAAAACAAGAGAAUUUAGCUCUCAUUUCAAAGAAAAUUUUAACAAAUGCCUGAAAGAUUAGAACCGCCUUGGAUGAUAAGUUUCAGUGAUAAAUAUAGAGUUUCAGUACCCUCCACGUUUAAAAAACCUUCUUUCAUAGAAGAUUUUUUUCAGACUUUUCAAGCAACUUCAGAUUUCUAAUUCCUUUUAACAUAUUGAACUGAUAAACACUUUUUAGACAAACAUCUUUGGAUAUAACUUGAGUUUUCACAUGAAGAAAAAACUGAAGUUUUCUUAGCGGAAAGAGAACUAAACUUUACCUUCUCAGUAAAAUAUAUAUUGCGCUGGAUUGAUGAUUAUGAAUAUUGGCUUACCUUAGAGCAUUACUUUUGUUUUCUUUGUUUUCACGCAGAAAAGAAAUCUGGUAUAUUUUCCGUGGAAGCUACGGCAAGCUAAGAGAAUUCAGAAUUCAAAAGAUCUAAAAUGUGGUCGAUUUUGGAAGUUUUGAUGAGCUCUUGCAUGUUGCAGUACAGAUUGUAACAAACAAGAAUAGGUCCGCAAUAGCACAAAAAGUUAUGACGAGAGGGCGUAGCACCGGGGUUUGUUUUUGGUUAACUAUUAUUCGCAAGUUCAUUAAUUCCUUUCAAUAACAUUUCGUUUUACCAGGGUACGAGUAUGGUAAUAAUAGCUUGACCAGAUUCAGCAAAUAAUUAGCACACAGUACAAUUCCGCGUUAUGGCCAGUACCUUAUGCAUGCGCACAGCUGCGCACACAUGCGCACAACUGCGCACACCUGUUUUGACCUAAUUAGGACACAUCAGCAUGGUGUAGCCCUUUAGGCGAAGGGUCUCGCUAGCGAUAACUGAUCCCGCCGCUUAUUGCAAAGACGAGUACAAAAGCAAUCCUUUAAAAGCCAGCUUUUCACCGUACACAUGGCUAUGCCUUGCUGACGAAACAAAUACCCAUGGCUUCCACUUCCCGGGUUAUUUGGCUGUGCGCAUGCCAAAGGUACUGGCCACGCCACGGAGUUUGGAGUUUAGAGUCUUGUUUAAGAAUAACUAUGAGUUUUUCCGAUUACUUAGGCAACGAGGACAUCGCCAAUGGUAACGUCAAGUUAAUACUGGGAUUAUUAUGGAGGCUGAUUCUUCAUUACCAGAUCAGCUCCAGUGGGAGCACAUCCGGGAAGCAGCUUUUGCUUCUGUGGCUCAAGAAUGCUAUUCCAGAGGUGGGAAUCAGAAACGUAACAACAGACUGGAACAAUGGCGUGGCCUUAAAUGCGCUGAAUGACUUCUGCCAACCAGGUCUGUGCCCAAAUUACAAAAGCCUUAAUCCUGAUUCAAAACUCUUCAACUGUAGUGAAGCAAUGGACGCUGCAGAGAAGACCUUUAAAAUUCCGAAGGUGUUGUCUCCAGAAUUCUUGUCAAGUCCAUAUGUAGACGAACUGAGUAUGAUGACUUAUCUCUCAUAUUACACGCAGCCGGGAUCGAUCGGAGAAAAGAAAACGUUGGAAUACAUCAACGAAGCCGCGCCGGGACUAGAUGUUGAGAACUUCAACACGGAUUGGAACGAUGGAAAAACGUUGUGCCGUUUCCUGGAAGCACAGUGUCCAGGCAUCAUCCCGGAUUUUGAAAACAUCGAUCAGAAGAGCCCCUUGGAGAAUGCCAGUACAGCUCUUAGAGUCGCUGAGGAAAAAUUAGGAGUGAAGGCAGUGCUUACACCAGAAGAAAUGGUAAGCCCGGAUGUAGAUGAGCUCAGCAUAAUGGCCUACAUGAUGCAGUUUCGCAACGCUGAAAAGCUACAGAGCCAGGCGCAUUUGUUCGUUGCUGAGGGCUCAGGAAUAAAAAGAGGAGUACGUGGUAAAACAUCAGAGUUUACUAUAUUUGGACGGAAAGAUAUCGGGUUUGGUGGAAUCCGCGUCCAAGUAAAAGGCCCCAGCGGGGAGAAAUCCUGCCCGGUGGAGACGUAUACUGAUCAUGACGGUUCCCUUAAAGUUCGAUUUGUUCCCUUUGAAACCGGUCCGCAUACCAUAUCAGUGAAGCACUUCGGCAAAGAAAUCCCCCAGGGGCCAUUCAAUGUCAUGGUGCAUGAGAAUGUUGGAGACGUUCAUGUGUCCGGUGCAGGAAUAAAAAACGCGGUGGUUUCCAAACCAGCAGAGUUUAUUGUUCACACCAACGACGAAAAUUCGCCUCCGGUCACCGCUUCGGUGGAAGGACCCACAAAAACCGCGACCUGUAAAAUUGAUCCCCUGGGAAAUGGAAAGUGGAGGGUAACAUUCACCCCCAAGGAAGUGGGCGAGCACAAAAUCCGGGUUGAGGUUGGUAGCACUCCGUUACUUGGCAGUCCGUUCACGUGCAAAGUGGGUGAUCCCUCAAAGUGCAGCGUGACAGGGAACGGUAAGUAGGUUUGGAAGUAAGUUGUGACGAAAUAGUUUGUAACGCAAUCCUCCAACUUAUGUACUCUGUGUCACACAUUCUGUUGGCAGAUAACUCAAUUGACCACUCCAGAAAAUACAUACCAUAAUGCUCUAUGUUUGUCACUCCAAAAUUUUGCAUAAGCAUUGUCUUCAAUUUCUCUUGGGAGUUAAAACUUUACAACUCACGCAUCGUUUCCUCCAAAUAAAAGGGUCAUCAUUGAAGAGGUUCGCUUUCCUUUCAGAGAAUUCACGGCAGUCUGCUUUAGGACGUCCGACCUCCUACGAAGUGGACACCUCGGGAGCAGGACUAGGGGAAUUGGCCAUUCAGUGCCGGGGCCCUGGCGGAAAUGUUCCCGUGGAUGUGCGCCCAACUGCGCCCGGGAAGUAUAACGUGACAUUCAUUCCGAACAAGCCGGGAGAGUACAGCACUCAUUUUGUGUUCAACGGAGAGGAUAUCCCAGGGAGUCCUGUAAAGUGUCUGGUGAAUGAUCCCACUAGAAUUGUAGCGCACGGAGAUGGACUUCAUCAGGUGACGCAUCACGUGAUAUCACAGUGGCAGACUUAGGGGGAGGGGCAGGCUCUAGGGAGGGACGACACUCCUUCGUUGAAGCCCAUUUCCCUGAAAUUUUCUCGAUUCGUCCUGAGAUUUCAAUCUUUGAAGUAAGAAAAUAGCCGCUUGAAACCCUUUGAAACAGGUAUCAAAAGUUAUUUUAAAUUCGUCGAAAAAGCAGCAUUUGAUCAAACAUGUUCAAUAAAAUCAAAUUAGCCAAUAAGAAAGUCCAGCGCGGGAAACAUACGACCUUUGUUAAGUGCACCGAACAUGUUGCCGGAGCACGGAACAUGUCGUCCGAAUCACGAGCAAAAAAGCGUUCGAAUUGUUUUGCACACGGCCCGAAAGCGGCCAUAAAUACCAAGUGUGGAAAAGAACUGAACAUGAACGAUGUAACCAGUUCAAAGCGUUAAGAAUAGUUUUAGUGUCAAACGUUCUCUCCUCAGGGGCGCUUUUCAAGAUUGUAGGAAAGAUGUAGUAUAUAAAAUUCCAACUAGAAGAGCAGAAAUUUUAACUCUAAUUUUGAUCGCCAUAGGUAACCACGGACUCCGAGGCAGAAUUCUUUAUCACUCUUCAAGGCGCUGGUGAUGGGGAACUGAAGGUUUAUGGAGAGGCACCAUACGGACACUUUCCUGUGGACCUUCUACAGUCCCCUGAUGAGAAAGAUACCUACAUUGUACGAUACACUCCUAAGGGGGUAGGGGUGCACAAAAUUCACAUCCUCUUCGCUGGUGAACCUGUGAAAGGCAGUCCCUAUAUAGUGAAGGUACGAAACUAUAAUUAAUUAUAAUAAUUAUUGCAUUAAUUAAUUAUUAAUUAUUGAUUAUUAAAUUAAUUAUUUUUAAUGUAUUAUUCACGAAUGGUGGAGAGGCGCUGUUAUGUACGAAUUCGAUUUAGUUCGACCCUGAGAAACACUAAUGGUAAAAUAAAUCAAUGAUGCGUGAAAAUUCCUAGCAGAGCGCUACUCAAUAGCUUUCAAUUUUAGAACCACAUAACAUUGCUCAUGGUUUAGAUGAUCGAGUUAACUCCUGACCUGUUUAUUUUCUACCAGGUUGCUGACCCCAGACAAGUCACAAUCUUAUCACGUAAGGUGGGACAGGAACCAAAGCGCUUCACCGUGCGUCACGAGGUGGACAUACCCGUGCAGGUGCCUGACUCGGCUGGGGAGGGCCAACUUGAGGCAUCUGUUUUAGGUCCUGAUCAGCAAAGUGUCCCUUCUACCGUCACCAAGGAGGAUGAUGGGUAUCAUCAUAUCCGGUUUGUACCUCGUCAAACAGGUUUGCACAAAGUGCGGGUCAUGUAUGGUGGCAAGGAAGUAUCCGGUAGUCCGUAUGAUGUUAAAAUCCGCGACUCUACAAGCAUGAAGGUUAAGGUGCAGGAAAUGGAACAGAUGAGGACUGGGUAUGCGACUCGCAAAGAGGUAUGGGAAAGUUCGCUGUAUAACAAUAUCAAUAGCAGUGGCCCUGAAGAAGACUAUGGUGCGAGAAUUCCCCCUUAUCAAAAAUUCCCGGUUUCUGUAGCAGCAGUAGAUCUCACAAUUAAAAUCUUUCGAUUGUGCCCUGUUUAAUGCAAGGUUUUUGUCUGUGUUGAAGGUUGAUGUUCCUAUUGAGGUACCGGAGGAAAUUGACGAGAUUUCCGCUACGGUUCAAGAUGAGGAUGGUAAAACAGUCAAAUCGUCGCUGACUUUAGAACCCGAUGGCUUGUACCACGUAAGGUAAGAACUCCAGCUAACAAACCCGCAAUUGCCUGCGUGCGGACGUCUCCUAGAUUGCUUGACCAUUAUUUUUCUUGACGCACCCAGACAGUAGACAAAAAUAAAUACCUGUUACAUGCUGGCAGCUACAAAACGAAAGAUUAGUGAGCGAAGCCAAGAAUUCGUCGAAAUCUUAAGAACCUCGUUCCCAGGGCUGUGCUCUUGUAAAAGUGUAAAGCAUUGGGGCGAGGUUGGGUUUAGCCUAAAGUAAGCAUAAGUUGAAGUUUUCUCCCUCCUUGGCUCAACGUUACUUUUUUCUCUUUUACACGUUAUUUGCUCCACUCCCUAGAAGAUGGACUAUAUAUAAGAUGUCAAUAUCAAUGUGAACCUCCUCGGACACACGAUCAAUUUCUCUCUUAAACGGUUUCUAUACAUCGUUAACUUCAGUUGAGUAUUUGCGAAACACUUAAUCAUGUUGAAACAUGUAUCCAAUCAUCAAUGCAGCACUUCAAGAACAGCGAAACACUAUGGGUAGGUGUCUUUUCGGUCUUCUUAGUCUUGGCCUUUUAUUUUAAUCUAACGUUGACAAAAUUGCACAUUUAAAAAACUCUGGUUCCUUUUCAUGCUGUAAAACAGCAAAAACGAACAAUACCGAAGGGCUUUGUUAAUUGAGUGAUCAAACCAAAGGAUUAACAUAGAUUUUAAAGGCGAGUAUCUCAUUUCACAACAUAAACUCUGACACCUGGAUUAUGAAAAGGUCAACAUUCUUUGGCUGUUUAAAAUUAGUCAAGAGAUUAUAAAGCGUCAUUCGCACUUGGUCCGAUAAAAACGCAAACGGAAACGAAGAAAGGAUUGAAUUCAGGUUUCGACCAGGGCAAGCAGUUUGCAAUAUCUCAAUAUCUAAUCCCUGAAGUUGAGAUUGAUUAUUGAGAUGUGACAAUUGCAAUUUCAUUCUGCGCUUUGCACUUUAGAGAAUUUGAUUGUGACCAAGAUUAUAUUGAUUAUAACUUCAGGUGAGCAUAGAUUUUCGUGCAUAUAACAGUUGAUGCAAUAGUCGCAGCGUAGUCACUGUAGUAACUUAGCUCUCUUACAACUACUAUAACGUGCGAGAAACUACAGACAUUUUGGCACUGUCAAAUUUCGUCUUUUGAGAGCGAAGUGUCAAUAUCUUGUAUAACAGACGACAAGAAAUCCUUGGUGUGCAAGUCUAGUACCAACAUGCACCUUUCCUCAUCUUUCCUCGAGUAUUGUGUUUCAAUAAUAUCUUUAAGUGGUCCAUCUUUAUUAGCUCCACAUACUCUUGUAUUGGUAGCUACUGUUUCUCUCUUUCAGAGAGUGGAACCUAUCAUUCAGAUACUCCAAACAUCGCGUUCUUAAUUCUUUUAUCUUUCACGUCUAUUAACGGAAACUGUCUUAAUAUCUACUGUAAUUUUCGUACUUAAAAAAUCUUGAAAGUUGUUUACAGUUUAGUCUCUGAAGCCUUCCAUUGUUGUUUCAACCCAAUAUUACAUUCAAUAUAACAUGUCUUUGACACCAACAGUAACCAAGAGACUUGCUGCUAUUAAUUGAGAAUAAACGAUAUUUCGACAUAAAAUUUGAAAGUAAGCUUAACCUCUUGUGUUGAUCUUUCUACCCUCUUGGAACGUAAUUUCCGGCACAAUUGUAUCAGGUACUAAUCACCUAUAUCAUUUAAAACCUAUAUUGAAUGUAAAGGUUGAAUACGGCACACAAAUUUAUAGAGAAUAUCUUUAACGAGCCACAAUUUAAACCAAAUUGAAAAUCUCAUUUCGCAUUUGUGCUUUUGCGAAGAACACAUUGCUGCACAGGAUGCCCAUUGUAGACCCCAGUUUCAAGGGGUCAAAACAAAGCAUUCAUCGGAGGCAAAACCAUAGCAACUGUUCUAGCCAAUCACAACGAACGAUUUUAAUAUCUGCAGCAGGCUGCUUAGCGCGGGAAAGCCAGUAACUCACGUUUCGCGUCCGCCUCUAUGCGAAAUACUAAGCUUCUAAAGAGGAGGACACGGCGAUACGUAGGGUCUCCCAGUUGGGUACUUCAAUCCCUACAUCGCGAACGAAAGUUUCACGUUCAAUCCCGUAAUCCCGACGCUUUUUAUCGUUUUAUCCUGAUCCCGAAAACGCGUUUUAAAAAAAUUCUUUGCAGACGUUCCAGACAAACACUGGAAGGUAACGGGAUGAAAGAUAGACACUUGACACUCAACAUUUCUCCUAGAAUUAAGAAAUCCCUUAUUCUGUUCUUAAUUAGAAUUCCGAAUCUCACUCCCCCUUAACUGUGAAAUCCCGAAUCCCGCGGGCUUUCAAAUAAGCCAAAUCCGGGAUCCCGAAAAAAUAUAUUGGAACUCUCUCAAUUGGUUUCAGUUUUAUUCUCUUUUGAUUGGUUCAACGAACUGAAGAAGUGGUCCGAGGAUCUUUUUAGCACCAAAAUAGCGCAAUCACGAAAUUGUUUUGGGCUCUUCUUUUAAAACAACUCUUAUAAACGAUUAAUUGAGUGAUGUUAUUAAAUCUUUUAUUUUAGAUUUGUUCCUUACAAGCCCGGCCGAUAUACCGUGGAUGUCCGGUGUGGAGGAGAGUCUAUUGAAAACAGUCCUUUUGUAAUGAAAAUUUCAGAGGCAGAGACAAUGUCUGUAAAACUCAAAGAGUUUGAAAAACCGGUAUGGUAUAGAUGUUUUCCUUCUCCUGCGUUCUGUUCUUGUUUGUGUUUAAAUAAAUAAACUGGCGUCAGAUUUUUUGACGAUACUCGUGUGCAGUCAGUUCUUUCUGAGACUGAGCACUAUGGAGUUGGCAAAAAGUUUCGGUUCGCGUCUCAGAGAUGUUAGGGACUUUAAGAUUCAACGACGCGACGGCAAUGAGAACGUCGCUUAAAAAGUGAAUUUGCGUUCUUUCAGUCUUUAUCGCAAUUAUUUCUACCCACUUACUUUGUCAAAUGUAGGCGGGCGAACCCUCCUGGAGUUGAAUUCCAAGUACAGACUGAGAAAUUGAAUAUCGUCGUUGCUUGUUUACGUUCCCAUAAAACGCCAAAUUAGGCAUUUUCACGUCGUAGUCGUGCAAGAACGGGCAAAGAAAUGUACCAAAAAGCGUGAUGCACGUGCAAAGUUGUUGUUUUGCUUAUAAAACCUAUUGUUUUUUGACGUUCUUGUUGCCGUCCGCGUCGUUGGAUAUUGAAGUCCCUUGUUGUCACAGCUUAAAAGAAAAUAACUGAACAGGGGGGACCCAUCUUUUAAAAAGCAACUAUUCAGGCUACCCGACUGUACUCUUUUUCCGAUUUAAAUUUGACUUCAACUAAAGGAAAAUUACUUGAGACUUCCACACUGUUUGUCCAGGACCCGAGGCUGCGUCAUUUCAGACGAAGAAAUUCCCUUUCUUGUGUAAACUCCAUUCAAUCGAUUAACCAUUACCUCUCACUCCCCAGGGUGAAAACAAAUAUUACGUGGGUCGCGAGGUUGACGUUCCCAUGGAGAUCCCUCCUGGGGUUGAUGAUGUCACUGCCGCUGUAUAUGACCCGGAUGGAAAACUAGAGAGUUCUACCUUCCAGAGGGAGCCGUCCGACGGUCUAUAUCAUUUGAGGUUUAUUCCUAAGAAGGCAGGGCAGCAUAAGGUGAGGAGAGUCUUGAUCCAGUAAAACGAAGCACGUUAAACGAGUGCGCUGGUCUGGCUAGCCGAAGUAUUGUUUGAAAACAAAACCAAUACACGUGCGCUGGUCUGGCGUUGUUUUUUUUUUUAAAGCCGAAAUAUAAUGUUUGAAAAAAGUUUAUUUCUUUAUCAAGUGCAACUGUUUGUAAUCAGCUUUGCAGUAGGUUUUGGAUUACGUAAUGUCGUUCUCUUUAUUAAAGUGUCUUUUUUAGCUGAUAAGAUCUCUUUUCUUGAGAUCUAAUGUUGACAACCAGAAGGAUCUUCGUCCACGGUUUUUGCAGUUUAUUUCUUUAUCAGUGCAACUGUUUGUUAAGUUGGUGUGUUUAGCCAUAGCUCCGGUUUUGUCGAUGUUACGUAAUGUCGGUCAAUUCUGCUCAUCCAUUACUAUUAAUAUUCUCCUCGUUGAUAUUAAAAAUAUCAAUUUGGUUCACUGUUAGUUUGUUUUUUACUUUAAACAUCAAAAUGAGUAUAGCAACCCCUCAGAUAGUAACUUUCGGUAGGUAUUAUACACUAACUUAACUUGUAGACGCGCCAAAGACUAUCAGACGCAAAAAAAAAAAACUAGGGGGUGGGGCUGGGUACAAAAGUAACUUGGCAUUUACUGGCAUAAGAUUUUUUUUAUUUUCCCGCCAAUGUUCGUAUAUGAUCUCUAAAGUUUAGGUUUUCAUCUAGGUUUACACCUAGGAUCUUGAUGGGACCCGACUUUUCGCCACAUAUAUCCAGAUCCUGGAACAGGUUGGUGAUAUUUAUCGCAAUUGACUUUUAAAAGAUUAAGACAAUUUAUUAAAAGAUUAAGACAAUUGACUUUUUAAAAGAUUAUCUUGAUACCAUUUAGUCAUCCUCUCUCCAUUGUCUCAUCCAUUCGUGCAUCAGUAGUCUGUUCCAGGCAUGACAUCCCGGGAAAAGAAACUUGAGACUUGGUAGGCAUGACAUCCCAGACUUGAUCUUAGUUUCUUGAAAUCUAAAUACCACCGAUUUUGCUACCUCUCGAUAAGUUCAGCGGUAGUUCCUAUUCGGAUCGAUUUUGAUGACUCAUUUUAAAGUAUUCUUUUCUUACCUAACUUUUAUCCGAAAAUCUGAAAAAGCAACGAGUAUCUGAUCAAACAUUUCAAUGGUGAAGCGGCAAACUGAUCGAUGUGUGUCCCUAAAUGCGAUGCUAUGGCGCAGAAAAUGCAUGAACCGAAGUCCAGUAGUCCAGUUUACAGUUUUAGCUAAACACUCGAAAAGAGAGUUUCUCACAAAGCUCUUCCUUAUCCUCUCUUGAUUAGAGUGACCUUUUCGACCGAAAACGUCAAACGUGAAUUUUCAGCGCGUGACAAAGCUUUCCCUUAACUUGCCAUUUACUAUACAUUAUAACUGCACGGAAAUCAAUACAUUUACCCCAGUUUUAUCCAUAAGAAUUGUUUUGAGUUGUUUCAUCUGCUCAUUUUCUAAUUUGAAUAUUUCUCAUCUUUACGUUUGCCGUAAAAGCGACUCUAAAUCUCUUUGUUCCCUCUCUAAUUACUUCUCCCUUAAGAUCGACAUUAAAAGCGGAGGACGUUCCGUGGAAAACAGUCCGUUUCCCUUAAAUGUGGUUCAGCCCAAUAACCCCGUGGUUCGGUUACGCCAGCCAGAAGAGGCCGACAGCGAGUACCUCGUUCGUCGGGAACUCGACAUCGCACUCGACGCAACCGAAGGCACUCAGAACAUGUCAUCGUAUGUCGAAGGCCCCGAUAACGAAAAUGUGCCGUCAUCGUUUGACAAAGGGGAUGAUGGGUUGUACCAUGUUAAGUUUGUACCCUACCAGCCAGGAACAUACAAGGUAAGGGCUCAGUUUGGUAGAUAGCUUGGAUUGCAGUUGGACAAAGGAUCGAAAAAUCUUAUGAAUUCUAACAGAAAAGUAUUUAUAAAUUUGUCGUCUCGCACUGGCUGCAUCCUUGCUAAAAGUGAUUGUGUUUUUUUUUGCCAGUCUAGCACAGGGCUUUAUUUUUCUUCGCGUUUCUAUCGUACAUCCCUUCUCGCUUGGUGGUAGCUUCAUAGUCCCCCUGGAUAGAUACUUGUCUCAAGUCUUCCCGUGUCGGGAAAAAUGCAUGUUUUGCAGCACUACGCAGAAGAGACACUGGACUCAUGUUUGCCCGUUUUGUACCAGCUCCAUGUCUUCAUACUAAAGACAAAUUGAUAAGCUCGGAGCAAUAUUUCAUCUCUUAUGUUUACUCGAUCUUAUUCCCUUGGUUUAAAAACGCUCAGUUAACGAUUUAUUCUGACGCUUUUUAUUUUCCACUCAGGUUCAUGUUAAUAGUGACGGCGUUCCAGUGGUCAGCAGUCCUUUCCUAAUAAGAGUCGGUGAUCCGGCCAAAGUUCAGGUUGCGCAUGUGCGCAGUGAGGAGCUGCACGCUGAGCGAAUUAUCAAGAACGAGGUGGACCUGGCAGUAGAGACCCCGUACGGCAUGGAUGAAGAGGAAAUAACCGCCAAAGUGACCAGUCCUGAUUUGGAGAACGUGCCGUGUUAUGUGACCAGAGAAGGCGAUAAUCGCUAUCACGUGAAGUUCACGCCCCACAAACCUGGUCCAUAUAAGGUAAAGGGAUCAAAAUCUCUCCAGGUCAAUCACUUAAUCAUCAGAUAUAAAUUCUUGCUGCUAAGUGUUAAGAUAGUCAAAUGAUUCUUAACUUAACAUGAGGACGCGCGUGCAAGAAGGGAGAAAAUGAGAAGAGGCUUCUUUCUCCUUCGCGUGUUCCCCUUGCGUGCGCGCGCUCUAUAAAAACUGACCAAAGAAAGGAACCGUCGCCUGCCACGCAGGCUAAACUUAACACUUUGAAUUAACUUCAUUCACGCGCGCUAAAAAAACACAGGAUAACUCCGAUCCUAUUGUGUUCUCAGGUUGAAGUCCGUUAUGGCGGCGUUCCAGUCCAGGGUUCUCCAUUUACAGUUAACGUAACAGACCAGACACAAGGUGUUCAAGUUGUCAAUUUCAACGAAGGAGAUCGCUUCUUCGAGAACCGUGAAGCCGAUAUCCCGGUGAUGAUUCCAGAAGGCGCUUCGUCAUCUUAUCUUACCUGUCGGGUUACUGAUCCUGAAAGGCAGAUACUUCCCAACGAGUUGGUCUAUGAUCCGCAAACCAACUUACAUCAUAUCCGGUUUGUCCCGGUUAGACCUGGGCGCCAUAAGGUUGAGGUGGAAUAUGACGGUGUACCAGUAGAGGGAUCGCCGUUUAUUAUGAACAUUGAAGGAGAUGAGGGUUAUAAAAAGGUCGUCGCCUCAGGCCCCGGUCUACAAGGAGGUGAGAAAAAUAGUGAUAGAAAGUGGGAUAGGCUAUAAAAGACUGACCGACUAAUACUAAGCAGUGUGUGCAUGUGAACCAGCGUCACUUUUGGCGGGAAAAUGUAGCCUGCGUAGCGAGCGUUUCCAAUCGAGUAAUAGGCCAUUUGCACGAUGGCGUCAUUUUACUACUAGGACCAGAAUCCCUCACGAUUUUUCUUUCAUAUUUAAAUUUGGUAAUCCCAGCGAGGAUUAAAUAACAAAAGCCCUAAUUUGCACAAGAAAGCAAAACCCUGAAGGAUUCUGGUUGUAGUAGUAAAAUGACGCCAUCGUGCAAGUGGCCUAUUGCGCGAAAGUUAGAGCGGGAGCAAAAAAAAAGAAAAGGUGGAAGGGGGAGGGGGAGGGGAGAAGAGUUUCCUUCUUUCCCCUCCCCCUCCCCCGUCAUUCCUUUUUUUUUUGCUCUCGUCCCAAACUUUCUCGACGAACUCGCGCGGAAACGCUUGCUACGCAUGCUAGGAAAAUUCGAUAGCCGUCGUUAUUCUUUUCGGGGCUUUAGCGAGAAUGUCGCAGUGACGGAAACAAGUUAUCAAACUUUAGAAGUAAGAAAUAUAGGAGGAGUAGUGAGGAAACGGCUCAAACGUUUUCAUUCAUUUUCUCUGCUUUUUAUCACAGGCAAAGUAAACGAGAAGAUAGAUUUCAUGGUAGAUGCACGUAAGGCAGGGCGUGGCAGGCUGACAGGGAAGCUUACUGGCGUGAAAUAUCACACGGAUGUAGAAGUUAUAGACCUCAAGGACGGUACAUAUGCAUGUCAUUACCUCGUGCCUCAACCUGGAGCUUAUGUGUUGUCACUUAUGUGGAACGGACAGCAUAUCCCUAACAGCCCUUAUAAGGUUACGAUCAAGGAGCCGCAGGUCAUGAAGGCCAGCAGUUGUCUUGUUGAAGGUAAAAAAUAAACAAAGAUUCUGUUAGAAUAGAGUACACUAAGGGCCUGGUAACCCUUUAAGUCCCAAUGGCGACCAACAUCAAUUUUCUCCCAACUAUAUCCAUCGAUUGUCAAGAGAUUUGGUUAUGAGAAUUAAUAAAGUGAUCACCUAAGAGAAAAUGCUUUGAUCUUUCAUCAAAUUCUCUCAACAUAUUCUUUAAGAAAAUGUAUAGAGAGAUAGAGAUCAGUUUCGAGAAUUUGUAUGUGGAUAUUAGGGCUUAAAGGGUUAACAAGACAUGAGUGAGCCGAGCUAGCCUGGCUAUCCCGGCUGGUCCAGCCCAUAAAAGCAACCUUCGCAUUGUUCAACACAAUGUUUUAUACAUUUAACAAUUAUUCCUCGAGCCCGAAUGGGCUCUGAUUCAAUAGCUCAUGAGGCCCAAGGUCGAACGGGCUAUUGACUCAGAGGCCACGAGGGCGAGAGGAAUAAAUGUUUUAGUAAAAUCCAACUAGUUGGUCAAAAAUAUUGAGAAUAAAAAAUUUUAGCUAGUUAAACUAGACUUUAAUCCCUUUUUUCCGCCAAAAAGCCCGCGCUUUUCGCUAGUAGUAGGCUAUAACAUAUAGCGUAGUAGUAGCUCAACCAAUCAGAACUCAGCAUUGAUAAUAGACCACUAGUUGGAUUUUACUAAUUCCAGAUACGUUCAACCCAUUUCUUAGUGCUUGAAUAUCGAAUGAAACUCUCCUCGGAUUUGAUUCGGGUGACUCGCUCGCUAAGCAAAGAGGUACCAAGACCUUGAUCUCUUUUAUUCUCGCCUGCAGCUAUUCGUAAAAUUAGAAUCUCUCACCUCAUAGCCAAUGAAAGUUUGACAAGUGAACUUUAGAACUGAACUACAGACCAAAACAAAAUUUAAAUGGCGAUAAAAAAAAGAACGUCAGCUUUAGUUUCAAACAUGCCUACUUUAAGAACCGACUCUCUAGUUCAAGUGAUCUAUAAAAUAGACGACACUUGAAUUUACGGACCUAUUACAAAGACGAUAACACUCAAAAACCCGUCAAACUUGUUUUUAUCACCAGGGAGUAUGCUAAAGGAAGGAGGAUCAGCUACAGUAGGACAGGCCAUGGGGUUCAAUAUCAACAGCAAAGACGCAGGACCGGGACAAUUAUAUGUACGCUGUCAGGGACCCUCAAAGGAUUGUGACGUCACUGUGUUUGAUAACAAGGACUCUACCUACCAAGUUCAGAUCUUUCCUACUGAAGUUGGGAACCAUCUGGUGUACGUGGAGUGGGGUGGAAGGCCCGUACAUGGAAGUCCCUUUUUGGUACGCGUGGGACAGCCCCCUGAUCCUAGCAAAGUCCGAGUGUACGGUAAGUGACUUUCUGCCAAUGAAACCUAUUUGAUUUGUGACGUAAUCACAGGUAGGUGAACGUGAAGAUAGCAGGAAACUGCACCAUGCAGUCUCUCGUCAAAGCAAGAGCCCAUUACCACGGAGCAUUCAUUGGUGACUUGUAAGUUUCACAGCGCGGUUAAUUUUACUUUUAUCUUUACUUUUUAUUUUCGGCAAAACUUCCUCUGUCCACAACGAGCUCGCAUAAUCCAUUGUGGUAGAUGAUCUUUUUACAUGGAGGUUCACAAGUCCUUCUUAUGUUCUUCAAGUUUUAAACACUCUUCACUCGACAAGUAGUUGUUCUCACCCGACAUUACUGGAAAUUUAACUCUAUUCAACCAAGGAGAUGUUUGUCUGAUUGGCUGUUGGGGAUUUUAGUCUCCAGUCUUCUUCCAGCACGCAAAUUUAAAGUAAACAAUCCUACUCUGUUCCUAUUGGCUAAAUUUUUUUGGCGCCACAGAUGAACCUAUCAACAGUCAGAAAAUCUAACACAAUGCAACCCAGGCCUGUAUGAGAGAUGGACGCCUGGGGUCAUCUAAUCUGUUUUGCUGUUACCUUUCAAUAAAGUGCUUUUCUUCCCAACAGGCCCUGGGCUAGAGAAUGGAUUACUGAGGAGUUUCAAAGGUGAAUUCCUCGUAGAAACCAAAGGUGCUGGACCUGGGACCCUUAAGAUCAGAAUUCAUGGUCCUCGAGGAGCCUUUAAGGUCGAAAUGUACCGGGACACUUCAAAGGAGCGUUCUAUUGGAGUACGAUACAACCCCACCGAGGUGGGGCGCUAUAUAAUCAACAUAAAAUGGGCGGACCAACAUAUACCAGGGAGCCCUUUUGACGUCACAAUAGUGGAAACCAGAGAAGAGCUGGAAUCGAUUAAUGAAUUAAAAGAUAACGCAGUAAUAUUGCAGCAAAGAGAUGCUAGAUUGUAGAAUAAUGGUAACUAGUAGUAUUCUCGAACGUAUUACCACCUUCUGGGUCAAAGCAAUCGAUCCAGCACUGCGUGCGUUAGGUGAGCGCGACUGCCGUCAGGCAUGUUAAAAUUAAGUUGGCGUAUAGAUGAAAAAUUUCAUUUCAUAGUCCGGAUUUUACAUUUUACAGUCAAUUUAGGUACUUAUAUGCCUUAUCUUAACUUCAACAUCUUUUGUGUGGUAUUGGUAGAAUAGAGGUGUAAAUAAAGGAGGUGGGGGUUCGGGGAGACAGUUUGUAUCCUUCCCGCUGAGGCCGUCACUGGUCCCACGAAACGUGAGAGGUGCAGGAUCUAGAAGAGUAGUCUGAGACCAGGCUCCGUAGUGGGCGAAAAAGGCGAAAAAAAUCGGCAAGCGAAGCGAGCAGAGGGGGAGGCUUGGGAGAGGCAAUAGCUCGCGGGCAAGCUCUCCAUUUCGAGUGGCGAGCGAAGCCAGCCGCGAGAGAACGCACGAGCGAGGAGAGGCAAGGGAGGCGGCCGUCGCCCUUUCCCCUUUCCAAUCCACCGCUGGGCUCACCUCGCUCGACGGUUUUUUCACUGUUCCACCCCGCUCUUUCACUUUUUUCCCGCGCUACGAAGCCUGGUCCUAAGCUACUGGAAGAAAUGCAGCUCAACCCAAAGGAGAACGUAUUACUUUGAGAUGUUGUCUUCAAGUUCUCAAGUUCAGUCCAAACCUAGCGACAAAAUAUUUCGAAAUGUCAGAAUUGGGCUAGACGUUAGGUCAUAUCAACAAUUAAUGCCUCGUAAAUAUUUUAGCCAACCUUCAUCGCGUCAACAACGUGAAAACUUACUGUAACAAUUUAUAACAAACACAAAGUGGAAUGCUUAAAAUAUAAUAGUGUAUGUUUUAGUUGGUUGCAGUUUAAAAAACUAAAUGCAAGUCUUUAUGACUCAGGAAUAUAAAUUUGUCCUACGUAAUUUGCCUUGCUCAAAACGGUGUUAUUUAAAGUAAGGAAGCGAUAUAUUUAUAAGUUACUAAAUUUAAUUAAAUUUACUGGGUCAAGUAUAAAUAAUUGGUAUGAAGCGUCAUGAUACGUAAUUGUAAUUACGACAUCUGACGUAAAUGGGAUGUUUGGUCGGCGCGCAGGUAUUUCUGUUGGAUAGUAGGGUAUCGUACCCUGGAUUUCUGCAUAUACAGGGUCAGCGUGUUUGAAAAUAUAUGGUGGGUUGAAUACUGGGAAGAAAUUUUUAAAAAAUGCGAAAAAAUAAUAGGUGACCAAAGUGAAUAAAGCUGUGUUCACAUUAGUUCCCAGAAUGAUGGCAGUGGCAUCGUUCAUGGUUCUAUAGUGGAUUUGUUUCUUGCGUAAAGAAAAGAAUUUUGUUCUCGUGAAGACAGCAUUAGAAGUGAAAUUAAUUGUGAGCAGACAAUUUUAACUAUUUGUUCAUUUUAUCGUCAGCUGUAAUUUUCGAUCGAAGUUACUAAUUAUUGAAUCAUUGUUCAGUCUGGACUUCGAAUGAGGCCUUGGUUUUUACUGUUAACAUUCAAAUAAGCUUGUUUGUAGGUGCUCUUGCUAC